UCAGCUUCACAGGAGGAGCACAGUGAGAGCAGUCUCUCCUCACUUGCAUCCUCUGAUUCAAGUCAGCGCCGGGAAAAAAAGAAAAUGAGUGAAAAAUGAAUCCGGGAGACAAAAAGCUCAGCGACACGUGAUGGAUACAAGGAGGGAGUUGAUCUGACGCCUUGCGAGAGGAGUUUUGUUUUGCUUUCUGUCUCUUGUUUUUCCACCAACAUGAGUGAGAGAAGGAUGAAGGUCUGCAGCCACUUUGUUUUUGUCGCGGAUACAAGGACUGGCAAGUUGUCAGCAUGAAUAGCCGAGGGCAGGAAAACUGAUAAAUGUUACAUCGGACACUGGAGGGAGGACCAUGGCCAAGAGGAAGGGACUGUUAUUCUCGCUGCUCUACUUUAUGGCAGAGUUUUGGCUCAGUUCACCACAAGUCCUGAGGAUUGGCGGCAUCUUUGAGACACUGGAGAACGAGCCCAUCAGCGUGGAAGAGCUGGCCUUUAAAUUCGCCGUGACCAACAUCAACCGGAACCGGACCUUAAUGCCAAACACCACGCUGACUUACGAUGUCCAGAGAAUCAACCUGUUUGACAGUUUUGAGGCGUCGAGGAGAGCGUGCGACCAGUUGGCCUUGGGUGUGGGAGCCGUGUUCGGGCCGUCGCACAGCUCCUCUGUCAGCGCGGUCCAGUCCAUCUGUAACGCCCUUGAAGUCCCCCACGUCCAGACGCGCUGGAAACAUCCGUCAGUGGACAACAAAGACAGCUUCUACAUCAACCUCUAUCCUGAGUACGCGUCCAUCAGCCGGGCCGUGCUGGACAUCGUGCAGUUCUUCAAGUGGAAGACGGUGACGGUUGUUUAUGAGGACGCGACUGGCCUCAUUCGGCUGCAGGAGCUGAUCAAAGCUCCGUCCAGGUACAACAUCAAAAUCAAGAUCCGCCAGCUGCCCACCGGAAGUAAAGACGCCCGUCCUCUGCUGAAGGAGAUGAAGAAAGGGAAGGAGUUCUUUGUCAUCUUCGACUGCUCCUACCAAACAUCAGCCGACGUCCUGAAGCAGAUCCUGUCCAUGGGGAUGAUGACGGAGUACUACCACUUCUUCUUCACCACCCUGGACCUGUUUGCUCUGGACCUGGAGCCGUAUCGCUACAGUGGAGUCAACAUGACAGGCUUCCGGCUGCUGAACAUCGACAACCCACAGGUGGCCUCGGUGGUGGAGCGCUGGGCCAUGGAGCGACUGCAGUCUCCUGCCAAGACCGAGCCCGGCAUGAUGGAGGGCAUGAUUACGACCGAAGCGGCCCUCAUGUACGACGCCGUCUACAUGGUGGCGGCCGCCUCGCAGCGGACCUCCCAGAUCACCGUCAGCUCCCUCCAGUGCCACCGACACAAACCCUGGCGCUUCGGCUCACGCUUCAUGAACAUGCUGAAAGACGCCACGUGGAACGGCUUGACUGGACAAAUCACAAUCAACAAGACAGACGGUCUGAGGAAAGACUUCGAUCUCGAUGUCAUCAGCCUGAAGGAGGACGGCCUGGAGAAGAUGAUCGCAGGCAACAAUCGCCUGAAUAAAGUUUGGAAAAAGAUUGGUGUGUGGAACUCACAAACGGGCCUUAAUUUAACAGAGAACAGCAAAGACUUAUCCACAAACGUGACUGACUCCAUGGCCAACAGGACCCUAAUUGUCACCACCAUUUUGGAAAAUCCUUAUGUGAUGUACAAGAAAUCGGAUAAGCCGCUCUACGGCAACGACCGCUUCGAGGGCUACUGCUUGGACCUGCUCAAAGAGCUCUCCAAUAUUUUGGGCUUUUCCUAUGAGGUGAAGCUGGUGUCGGACGGAAAGUACGGAGCUCAAAAUGACAAAGGAGAGUGGAAUGGGAUGGUUCGGGAGCUCAUUGAUCACGUUGCUGACCUGGCUGUGGCUCCCCUCACCAUCACCUAUGUGAGGGAGAAGGUGAUAGAUUUCUCCAAGCCCUUCAUGACUCUAGGCAUCAGCAUCCUCUACCACAAACCCAACGGCACCAACCCGGGAGUGUUCUCCUUCCUCAACCCUCUGUCCCCGGAUAUCUGGAUGUACGUGCUGCUGGCUUGCCUGGGGGUUAGCUGUGUGCUGUUCGUCAUUGCAAGAUUCACUCCGUACGAGUGGUACAACCCACAUCCCUGUAAUCCCGACUCAGACGUCGUCGAAAACAAUUUCACUCUCAUAAACAGUGUUUGGUUUGGAGUGGGCGCUCUGAUGCAGCAAGGUUCGGAACUGAUGCCCAAGGCCCUUUCUACGAGGAUCGUCGGUGGAAUAUGGUGGUUCUUCACGCUAAUCAUCAUUUCCUCGUACACUGCCAACUUGGCCGCUUUCCUCACAGUGGAGAGAAUGGACUCGCCUAUCGACUCAGCGGAUGACUUGGCCAAACAAACAAAAAUAGAGUAUGGUGCUGUGAGGGACGGCUCCACCAUGACCUUUUUUAAGAAAUCCAAGAUCUCAACUUACGAGAAGAUGUGGGCGUUCAUGAGCAGCAGGAAAAACACAGCCCUGGUCAAGAACAACGGCGAGGGGAUCCAGAGGGUCCUGACCACCGAUUAUGCUCUGCUCAUGGAGUCCACAAGCAUCGAGUACGUCAGCCAGCGCAACUGCAACCUCACCCAGAUCGGAGGCUUGAUAGACUCCAAAGGCUACGGGGUCGGAACACCCAUUGGUUCACCGUACCGAGACAAGGUGACCAUCGCCAUCCUGCAGCUUCAGGAGGAAGGAAAGCUGCACAUGAUGAAGGAGAAGUGGUGGCGCGGAAACGGGUGCCCAGAGGAGGACAGCAAAGAAGCCAGCGCUCUUGGUGUCGAGAACAUUGGCGGAAUAUUUAUUGUACUCGCAGCUGGACUCGUUCUGUCUGUCUUCGUUGCCAUUGGGGAGUUUAUUUACAAAUCCAGGAAGAACCUGGACAUCGAGGAGGUGAGCGUUGGCCAGUGCGAAUGGCACAACAAGUACUAACACGGACCUUCUGGAGACCUGCGGAGUUGCUGGACGAGCGCCUGAAUGUGUUGAACUGCAUUGUUACAAUCAACAGUUGUCGUCUUUUCUGUAGUUUUGAUGUAGAGAACAGAAAUUUUAUUUUGAAGAUGGCAACAGACGAUCCACGCUUGGCGAGACGGGAUCAUCGCUGCCUUUUUUUUCAGGUUGGUUUUGUGUGGAGGAGCGCCGGGUACGAUUUCCAAAACUGCAGUUUGCCGUGAUGUUAAGUCACUGACGCACACUUCACCGUUUUCACGACUAAAUCUUUGUGUGUGUGUGUGUGUCAAGACAUUUCGAUUUUAGUUUCCAAUUACGACUGAAUGACGCCCCGAUUUAUUUAAGAAGUUGCUUUACUGUGUACUCAUUUUGUUUUUGUAUCAUAUAGCACUCAUGUUCGUUGUGACAGAUUGGAAAUGACAGAUUAUGAGACAUUUUGCCCUUUUACCCUCUUUACUUUCGUCUUAAAAGCUUUUUGCGAAUCCAACGACCCACUUUUUUUUUUUUCGUAAA